AUGGCGGUCGGGGGCGUGGCAGAGGCCGAGGUUCGGGAGCUCGCACGGACCAACCCUCUGGCUCCCAACAAAAUGCCGGCGGCGCACCUCUUCUCCAGUGCCGCCCUCUCCGCCUCCUACCUGGCCAGCUCCGCUUUUAAGGAGGCGACCUCCUCCUCUUUGCCGCCGAUCACAACCUCAUCGCAGAGAUGCUUCUCGGUCGCCGUCGCUAGCUCGCUCUUCAGAGAGGUCACUUCAUCCUCCAAAGAGCGACCCGGCUACGGGAAGAUGUCACCUCAUCUUCGAGGAAGCGCACCCGACUUCGGGACGAGGAGGCCAGCCCCUGUAGCUCGCCCACCUGAGAAGCAUAGUUCUCGUUCGAGCACAAAGCAAUCUCCAGGGACUUCUACACCCUCGCAAGAUCCCCCCUCGCAGCUCGUAAUUCGACACUUAGGCCCUUGUUCUCCUCCUUCAGGACCUUAUUCUCCCCCUUUAGGACCUUGUUCUCGUCCCUCAAGGGUUGAACUCGGCCCCUCAGUCUGGCUAAAUCCUCCUGCUGUUUGGACCACUGAGGCUUCCAAUGGCCCACAAUGGCCAUAG